AUGUUCAGACGUCUUUCUUUCUUAGUUUUUAUUUUCACGUCUGCUUUAAGCUUAGAAAUAUUGUUUUCCGAAGAUAAUGAGACAAUUGUGUCCCCGAGUUCAAUCUUUGAACUCGGUCUCUUCAAAGAUGGUACUCGUUGGUAUUUGGGAAUUUGGUUCAAAGGAUUCCCAAGAAAAGUAGUAUGGACCGGUAAUCGGGAAAGUCCACUCAACAGUGCGAGAGGAUAUAUCCAAAUAAGCAUGAGUUCUGGGAUCCAACUCUUCAACGAGUCAGGCUACAUGACGUGGAAGAUAAAUCUGACAAGGACCGCUGCUGCAGACGCGCCGUUGACUGCUAGUCUAUCCGAUACGGGAAAUCUAAUUGUUAGCUACAACAACAACAACCCAAAUGGGAUCUUGUGGCAGAGCUUUGAUGAACCAGGAGACGUUUUACUUCCAGGAAUGGAUCUUGGAAUGGGAUUAAGUUCUGGCCGCUUCUACUACUACAGAGAAACAGCGUAUCAAUAUUACAUAUGGGAGUUUUCUACGAAAAUGUACCGUGUCGACCCCAUAUACUACGGUACUAUCAGUUUGCCCAGGGCAACAACGAUCAACUACCACGCAACUCUGACGUUGUUGGCUACUGGGUCACUAUCCUUGUCCGAGUGGACGUCGGAGGAUACAGAGUGGAAGGAAAUGUUGAUUGCACCAUCUGAUACUUGUGAUAAAUACGCAACAUGUGGAGCGAAUACAAAUACGUACUGCUCUAUGAACCCGCUCAAGUCUUGUGAAUGUUUCCCAGGAUUUCGGCCGCUACGUGGAAAUUGCGUGAGGAAGUCACCGGUGACCUGCUCCGAUGAUGAUGGGUUUCAGCUGCUGAAGAAUAUGAAACUUCCUGAAACUGAUAGUUGGACAAUUUUGUACGAGGGAGUUGGUUUGGAGGAAUGUAAGGAGAGGUGUCUCAAAACCUGUAACUGUACGGCGUUUGCAAACACGGACAUGCCGAUUAGCGGGUGGAGUUGUGUCAUGUGGACGGUAAGCUUGGCGGAUACUCGACGUUAUAGCACCAACCGUGGUCAAAAUCUUUACGUCAGAGUGGCUGGUCUUGCUAUGGCUAUAAGGUGGUAG